AUCCCUAAUUAGUUAAUCUUUUCCACACCCUCAAUUUCUCAAGUGGGCAGAAUAACAUGAUCAACAGGUGCUGAUGAUACUGCCAUGGAGAAUUAUCUUCAGAGUUAAAUCAUUCUACUUUAGCCCUUCAUUCAACUUCUUUCUCCAGCCAUUUUCUUAAUCUGUACAGUUCAUUUACCCCAGCCCUGCCUGGAGUACAGCACUGCACCCUGUGCCAUCCCUGUCACCAUGACAAGGUGACACUGUCACCACAGCUUGAACUUGCAGGUGUCUUGGCACAGGCUCACCCCAAGCACUGCAGUCUGCACUCAGAACUGAGUUUAAAACCUCUGUCCUGGUGGGUACAAGCUCAGUGCUCAUCCCUAGUGCAGGUAAAGCCAGGCUCUCCCUCCUGGCAGUGCUGCCAAUGGAAUCCUCUGCUGUCUCACAGUUCCAGCAAGCUGCUCACGGGCAUGUGGGGCUCACUUUCCUCCUGGAGUGCUAAAAAGUCAAAAUCAGUGAUGUUAGAAAAUUUUAGAGUUUGAGCUCUACAGAGACCGGAGCUUGUCAAGAAAGCAAAUUCCUUUUAUACCAUCCAGAAAUGGCACAGAGUGGGGAAAGCAUUCCUCCUUACCUUAGAACUCUCCCAACAACAGAGUAUUUUUUUUUUCAUAACCAAAAUGAGCCAGACCUCAGGGUCCUUGAGCAGAGUGUGACCACAAGAUGUCACAGUUGCUUCACUGGGAUGCGUGGUCCUGCCUUUCCCGUGUCCCAGUCCUGCCCCUUUCCCACUCCCAGGUAUCCCUAUGAACACACACGCUGGUGUUUGGUUUUUCCCAGCUGUGUUUUGUUUGCUGGGGUUUUUUAUGGCAAAGCAAACUCGUUCAUUGUGUUCUGGGGAAGGUUAGGCAUUUAGGUUUCUAGCUUAUUUACAGAUAUUUAUUAAUGAUAUAAAAUCAAAGUUACCCCACAUUUAUGCCCUUUCUGUGGGUCUAGCUGUCAGAUAACAAUUUUGAGUAGAGUCAGAGGAAAAAAAUCUUAGUAUGACUGCAAACAAACACUUCUUGGUGCUGCCAGAGUUACUGCUCAGUGUCCCCACAGACCUCAGGUGCCUUUGCCAUGUGGUGCAGCAGACUCAAAAACACCACAAUGUUGUGGACUUGAGAGGUUUUUGUUCUUUACAGCCUAUUGUUAAAUUAAUUUCUUUUUCUGCCCAGAAAGCUGCCUGUGUAGCCUGGAUGGGGUCCCAGGGGCUGAUGCUAAUAUCAGUUCACUCUGAAGCAGAGCGAGGAAGGAGUUCAGUCAUAGCAGAAGCUGAUGAGCCUUGCAGGAUCCAGCUAUGGGUCUUUUGGGUUAGUCCCUUAUAGAGUGCACAUUGAAUUCAAGACCUAAUUCAUGGCCUGUGCAAGCCAUUGCUAUGGAUGCUCCAAACAAACAGCACUUUCUUUCCUGCCCGCCUGGCUGGUGCCUCUUCCCUGCUGGAGCCAGGGGCUCUCCUCUGGCCUCUGUGCUCUGGGGCACAGGAGGAAAGCUUUGCUCCAGCAGCCACAGGAAAAACAAACCCCCAGCUAUUCAAGCAGAGCUGCUGAGUGGGGCAGCGAGGGCACAAGGGACUGGUGGCUGCAGGAGGGGCAGAGGAGGCAGGCACAGGGGUUUGCUCUCAUCACUCCCUGUCCUCCCCUGCCUGCCCUUGCUGGGGCUCCAGCCAUGUCCCCUGGGGAAGGUGCUGCUCUCCCACCUCUCUCUGGAGGGCAGAGCCUCACGUGCUGUGUCCCCAGGGGUGGUUGGGACAGGGCUGACCCAGAGCCCUUUGCCCUUUCCCGCCCAGGGGAGCAUGAGAACAUCCCGGGGGCCGGCGGUUCCCAGCUGGAGGGAGGGCUCGGCUUGGGACAGCAGGUCCCCAUACAGGAUGGGCUCAGUGGCAGCUGGGUGAGCUGUGGCACCUUUGCCCACAAACCCUGGCUUAGCAUGAGAGUGUCUGGCCAAGGGGCAGGUUUGGUGGGAGCCAGGGAAGGCUCCUGUAACCCCUGAGCUCAUAACUGAGGAGCACACACCGUGGUUGGUUCUCUCCAGGGGAGCAGGUUUGGGGGCUGGAGCUCUGCUGGGCACAUCCUGGGGACCAGGCAAGUCCUGGGCUGUGAAUCUGGGAGAUUCUCAACAGUUUGGGAGUCCUGACUGUGGCUGGUUUUCUCUGCAGUGGAUUUUCUGGCUAUAGGGAACUCAGAAAGGUUCAAGAUUGAAACUUCAUCUGCUAGGAUUGUGAGAUGAGUCUUGAAGGCACUUGUGAACCCUGCAGGCACUUUCAGCCUGUCAGAGCAGAUGAGGAGUUACCAAGUGGGUUGCUGGAUCCUCUGUGCCCUUUGUGCCAUGACUGAUGUCUGAAAGAGGAAAUGGUCCCUUUUGCUCUGAGAGAUGCCAGCCCUGCCUGCUGCUUUCUGGUGGGCAGUGUGAGGAGUAGUCAUCUGAUUUUCCCAGGAAGAAUGAUGACACCCCAGGUUCCAUAUGAUCCUUGUUCCAUCUUCGUCAGCCAAUGUGACUAAUUUUUUUUUUCAGCUAUGUGUCAUUAAAAAUAAGCCUUCUCUGCAAUAAGAGUAAGACCAGAAAAAGUGUGAAGCCCAAGCAGUGCUGUGCAUCCUGGUGCUGUUCUGUAGUGCUGUUAUUCCCCAGGGUUUGCACACUUCAGGGACUGCCAGUGUUGCUGAUCUGAAUUGCCUUAAAACAUCCUGGGAUUUGAGUCCUGGUUCUCUGGUGCUGCCUUGGUUUCCUACCCUGCCUCUCCCAACAGCCACAUCCAGGAUCCUCUCGGAGCAAUAAGGCACUGGAACAUGGAGAGCUUUUGGGCAGCUCUGGGGCACUUCACUGCCACUGGGAGGAGAGCCCGUGUUUACUGUGAAGACUUUCUGUUCCCAAAGGUGCACAGAACUAUGGCAGAGCUGUGGUGGAUUUACUCCAAACCUGUCCCAGCAGAUGGCAGAGAGCUCUGGACCUUGUUUCUGCAGUGUUCCUGCAUUACAGCAGUGAUAGGAGGCCUUUUUUACAACUGGAUGUUUGCUUCCCUGGAGUACUCCUGGCACCUCUCUGUGUCCACGGCUGUCUCCUUCAGUCUGCUCCUUCUCCUGACUCUGCUUUUGGUGCAUCCUGCCCGCUGUGUCUUCAGCAUGAUCAUGCCCACAUUAGGCACCAAACAGGGCAGGAAGCUCCUCUUCUCCACCUGCAUCAUGAUUGCAGUGGUGAACAUAACACCCAACAUCAUAAGCAACAUUAAAACCAUACUGCAGCUUAUUAAGUGCAUCUCCAAGAAUUCCUCUGAGAGCCUUCUGAACUCAACUGCCCUGCUAGAUACAGUUUCCUGGGAGUUUGGGGAUGCAAUGCAAGAAACCAUUCAUUCCAUUUAUAAGCCUAUGAACGGACAUUUUCGCUUUUCAUUGCUUCAGAACAGCUCUUUGAUUUACCAAAAAAUGCACCUUGCUGGUGAGAAAAUCAGCAGAGAGUUCUUGACUGUUGAGGAACUGGUGAAAGACUCUGUACGAGUAGCCAACAGACUGGCUGCUGGUUUCCUCAUGCUCUGUCUCUGUUUUGAGUCCACCUGGUAUUUGAAAAAUUAUCUCACCAACCUCCGCUUUGACAACUUCUACAUCACCGAGCAGCUGGAGCGUUUGGCUGCGAACAGAAGAGCAGCUCACCUCCUGGUGGGCUCCUCCAAAAAACUCCUCCGACCCACAGGCCUGAAGCUGUCCUGGGAAGAGGGGGUGCUGUGCCUCGUGCGAGCCAUGCUGCUCACCGUGGCCCUGCUGCUGAUGCUGGUGGUGGUGGCCUUGGACCACUUUGCGUUCAGCGUGGCAGACACGGUGGUGAGAAAGGCAGCUCAGUUCUCUGCUGUGCCUGUCACUCUCAACAUCAAAUACGAGGUUGAAGUAGGGCUCCUGCCCUUUCUAUUCAAAAUUUUCGGGCGUCCUUCUGAGGAAUUACUGCUCGGGGACUUCAACAAGACCUACCAUCAUUAUCUGGUCUUCAGCUCUGCCAGCUGCAGGAUCAGCCCCCCCAGACCUCCCAACCCCUCUGUGCUGCUCGUUGUGGGGCUGCUCUUCUGCAUCCUGUACAGCACGGUGUUCCUGGAGACCCUGGCGCGCCGCCUGUGCCGCCACAUCGCCGCCUCCUUCUUCCCCAGCUGGGAGGAGAAACGAGUGCUUCACCUGUACAGGAGCCUGGCCAGGAGGCACAGCAAGGAGCAAAACUCUGGGAAGGGUGCCAGGGAUGGAAGUCAGGGGGAUGACUGGCACCACAGCACAGGCUUCUGCCACAGGAUCUCACAUUUAAUUUUCCACAGCUGGAGAAGUGUUUGGACCUUGGGGAAAAAAGGUUAAAAAAAAAAAAAGUUGAAAUGUCAUAUUUUUGCAUUAAUUUGAGAAAAACUAGCUACAUCUCCUUUUUUUUUUUUUUUUAUAUCUAGAAGGUCUAGAGUCAGCUGUUGCAUAUCUGCAGCACCAGGCAAGGUUAACUGAGAAAUACCUGGGAGCUGGGGUCAGGGAGGAGCUCCUUUACCAUGUCCACUACAUCCUUGUUGGAAGAAGCACACACUUCCUUUCUUUCUUAAGUUAUACCUUCAGGUAACAAAAAGGGAAGGUCAUUUGACUUGAUUGAUUUAAUUUUCAGGUUUUGUGCGCAGAAGCCUGGGUAGACCAGAUGAAUUUAGAAGAUAGUUUAUUCACCAAAGAAAGUGUCACUUCAACCUGCUGAUGUAAAUUCAGGAUCAAUAUGACCAUGAGAGGCACAUCCUGGGCAUGGCUGGUGAAAAUCAGCACAUGAGGGCAUUACAACACCUCUUCAAAAUGGCUGUUCUAAAUAAAAUAUAAAUAAAAUGUUGCUGCAGGACCUCAGAAGAGAAGAACAGUCAAUAAAGGUCAAUUUGGUUGUUGAUCUCUUUUCCCAAGUAAGAAGUGAUAGGAUCAGAGGAAACAGCCUCAAGUUGUGCCAGGAGAGGUUUAGAUUUGAUAUUAGGAAAAAAUUCUUCAAG